GUCAGUCAGGAACUGUAUCCAUUGUGUUCCACAUCAAGCAACUGGAUUAUAUGUAGCAGGUACUGCCAUGGGAACAACUAUAAGCUCACCUGGGGGACAUCCCAACAAUGCAGAAAGGGGAAGGCAGAAUGAGGAAACUCCAUUCAGACUGCUCACAGUAAAAGUAUUACGAGCCAGAAACAUCCAGAAGGCAGACACAUUUUCUGAAACCGAUUGCUAUGUUUCUCUGUGGCUGCCAACUGCUUCAAGUGAAACAGUCAGGACCGUAACUAUUCCCAACUCAAAAGAUCCAACAUGGAAUCAAACAUUCUCCUACAGGGUUGACAGUCGUGUAAAGAAUAUACUGAACCUGAAUGUCUACGAUGAAGAUACAUUCAGCAAGGACGAUCACCUUUACACAGUUCUCUUUGAUAUCGGUAAACUUCAAAGUGGACAAACUAGUCGCGUGAAUUUCAAACUCAAUCCAGAAAGACAUGAAGAACUGGAUGUUGAAUUCACACUACGGAACUUAUCAGACCAUUCUGAAAACCUCAUUACAAAUGGAACAAUGGUGGCUCGGGAAAUUUCGUGUCUGGAGAUUAUAAUGGAUCUUGGAAAGCUGAAGCAACAAUACACAAAAGGUGAAGUGACUUUUACAAUCAAAGGUUCCUAUGAGGAAACCCAGAAAAUUCCAUUUCCUCCUGAUUCCUGCUUUGGUAAAAGAAUUGCCCUUCAGUUUCACUGUCUAAAGAAUCUUCAUUCAAAUCUGGAAAUCACACUACCGGAUGGUGAACAAUGGUCACAGCUAAUUGCAUUUGAAGAAAAGGAAGGAAACAAUUCCACUAUGAUUUUACCUUUGAUUAAUCUUCCCAUAAAAGAGAAAAUAACACUAACAGAGGCUGAAAUAGUUGAACUGCAUGUGAAAGCAAAAGACUGGACAAAAGGCCUGGAUGUGCGCUUAGAAUAUGAUUUGUGUCCUGAGGAAAAGAAUUUCCUGAAAAUGAGGAGGAAUCAUGUUGCUCCUGCAGUGGAGAAGGUUCUUCAACUGAAGGAAAAGCUGUGUGAUGAUGAAGUUCCUGUGGUUGCAAUCAUGACAACAGGUGGUGGAAUCAGAUCAUUUACAGCAAUGUAUGGAAGUCUACUGGGUUUGCAGAAGCUGAAUUUGUUAGACACUAUUACAUAUCUCACAGGUUUAUCUGGCACAACAUGGACUAUGGGGAAAUUGUAUGAAGAUCCUGACUGGUCACAGAGGUACAUGGAGGAAGCCAUUCAUAAAGCACAGAAGCAAGUGACCAAAUGCAAGCUGAGUUGUUUUUCUAUGAAUAAUCUGAAAUAUUAUCAUCAUGAACUGAAAGAAAGAACCAAGGAGGGCUUCGACACUUCAUUUAUAGAUCUCUGGGGACUUGUCGUUGAGUCCAUGUUAAAUGAUGGGAGAGACAAUCAUAAACUCUCAAAUGAGCGACGAGCUGUGACUGAUGGUCAGAAUCCUUUGCCCAUUUACUUGGCUGUUAGUCUCAAAAAGGAUUACAGUGCUCAGGAUUACAGAGAAUGGGUGGAAUUCACUCCUUAUGAAGUGGGAAGCUUCAAAUAUGGGGCAUACAUUCGUGUAGAAGAUUUUGGCAGUGAUUUCUUCAUGGGGCGAGUGAUGAAGAGGCUCCCAGAAAUGCGGAUCUGCUUCAUGCAAGGCAUGUGGAGCAGUAUAUUUUCUUUGGAUUUCAUGUUUUUCUGGCACUUGGCGCUUAGCUCAGAAGACUUCUGGCACAAAUGGACAAGAGACAGAAUAGAAGACAUUGAGGAUUCUCUUCCAUCUACAAAUCCACACUGUUUAGAAACUCGCCUAGUUACACCACCAGGCCAGCUUUCUUCUGCCCUCCGAGAUGUCUUAACAGGACGGCCAACAAUGGCAGAGUACCCCAACUUCCUGAAGGGCUUCCAGUUUAAUGAUGACUAUUUGAAGAACAAGUAUUUUUCUACGUGGAAGGACACCGUUUUGGAUAUUCAACCUGACAAGCUAAUGGAAACAGCAGCACAACCUCUAGCUCUGGUGGAUACUGGGUUCUUCAUCAACACUAGCUACCCACCCCUUCUUAGACCAGAAAGAAAAGUGGAUGUUAUAUUACAUUUAAAUUACUCUGGAGGUUUACAGACCAGGAAUCUGGACCAGUUUUCAGCAUAUGCUGCUGAGCAGGGAAUCCCUUUCCCCAAAGUAGAGAUCAGCGAGGAGGACAGAAAAACCACCCUAAAGGAGUGCUAUGUGUUUGAAGACAAAAAAAACGUAGAUGUCCCUUUAGUGCUCUUUUUUCCAUUAACAAACGAUACCUAUAAGAAAUAUUCAGAACCUGGUGUGGAACGGAACUCAGAAAACAUAAAAGAAGGGGAUGUGGAUGUCUCCACUAUAUUUUCCCCAUUUACUACUCGUGAGGUGUGCUUCUCAAAAGCAAAUUUCAGAAAAUUGGUGAAUCUGACUGAGUACAAUGUCCUAAACAAUGAAAAGAAGAUUGUUGAAGCCUUGCGUGUAGCAGUGGAACGGAGAAAACAACGGAAGUCAUAAGCUCCUGUGUUGCAUCUGCAGGUGUAAAUACACUUAGUAGGAAAGUGGCCUCCUUAAACAGAGAUGGUCUUGUGAAUCAACAUGUGGAAGAUUCUGAUGUUAGAAUAAUAAAUAAAAAAGUUAACUACAAUUUAAAA